CAACAACCAAUGUGAUGAGUGGUGAAUGACAAAUUGUUUAGUAUUGUUGUGAUCGGUCAAGUUAGGAAGCCGUAGAAAUAAUAAUAAACAUUUAAACGUUGUAAGACGCUAUAUUUUCGAUAGUGUGAAUUUCUGUGGUGAUGGUGAAAACAUUGUUUGCGAAAAUAAAAUGUCGACACGGAAAAUUGCUCAUUGGUAAAUUCUUUCAGACGGUUUUCAUAAUAUAUUUUCUUGUUAAAAGUGGUUUUAAUAAUCUCAAAUAAUAUGGAUGGUGGCGAGCAAGAGCAGAAUUUCCGUUUGGGACCACUAUCACCACAAGAAGUGAAACCAGACAUUUCUAUAUUGAAUGAAAACAAUACUAGUGGAUACUCACCAAAAUCAGCAAGUCCUGUUUCUUUUGGGAAUAUUGGUUUGCAAUCAAUGAGUAUGACAAAUGCUGCAUCAGUUGCAGCUUCGACAACGGGCCACAAUCCUAACCAGAUGCAACUUGGGGCACAACAACAACAACAGCAAUAUCCCCCAAAUCACCCAUUAAGUGGAUCUAAACAUUUGUGUUCAAUUUGUGGUGAUAGGGCAAGUGGAAAGCACUAUGGGGUUUACAGCUGUGAAGGAUGUAAAGGUUUUUUUAAACGUACCGUAAGGAAGGAUUUGACGUACGCUUGUCGUGAAGAUAGAAACUGCAUCAUCGAUAAGAGACAACGUAAUCGUUGUCAAUAUUGCCGGUAUCAGAAAUGUCUUGCGUGUGGAAUGAAGCGUGAAGCAGUUCAAGAAGAAAGACAACGUGGCACACGGUCACAAAAUGUACGUUCAAGUGAUGAUUUCAAUCCCAGUAGUUCUGUCCGUGAUUUAACAAUAGAACGUAUAAUAGAAGCAGAACAAAAAAGUGAACAACUUAGUGGAGAUAAUGCUAUACCAUUCCUUCGGGUUGGACCAAAUUCUAUGGUACAGCCAGAAUAUAAAGGAGCUGUUUCACAUCUUUGUCAAAUGGUGAAUAAACAACUCUUUCAAAUGGUUGAGUAUGCACGGAAAAUGCCACAUUUUGCAGAAUUGCAACGUGAUGACCAGGUGCUUUUACUCAAAGCCGGAUGGAAUGAGUUACUCAUAGCAAAUGUGGCCUGGUGUAGUAUGGAUUCAUUGGACUCAGAUUAUGCAACAUCAGGAGGUCAUGAUACUUCGUUCGGUCGUCGUUCUCCCAUACGUCAACCCCAACAAAUCUUUCUUAAUCACAAUUUUUCCUAUCAUCGUAAUAGCGCAAUAAAAGCUGGUGUGGCAACUAUAUUUGAUAGAAUAUUAUCAGAACUUAGCCUAAAAAUGAAACGGCUGAACAUUGAUCGACAAGAGCUUUCGUGCUUAAAAGCUAUUAUUCUCUUUAAUCCUGACAUUCGUGGUUUAAAAGGAAGGAAUGAUGUUGAAGUUUGUAGAGAACAAGUUUAUGCUUGCCUUGAUGAACACUGUCGCACAGAACAUACUGGAGAUGAUAGUCGAUUUGCACAGCUUUUGCUCCGGUUGCCUGCUCUACGAUCCAUUAGCCUUAAGUGUCUGGAUCAUUUGUUUUUCUUUAGAAUUAUGGGUGACAAACCCUUAGAUCAACUUUUUUAUGAACAGCUUGACGCACAAAUGUGUUAGGUAAUGAAAAAUUAAUUUAUUAAUUAAAGUGCUUGAUAAUUUUUUCCAUGGAAUGUUAAACUAUUUUCUAACUGAUAGAUGUGAUUGUUAUCAUCUAAUGAAAUUUAACUAGCUAUUUACUUCUUCAAAUAUUUGUUUUAUUUAAACAGGUUUAUUUUUAGUAUAACUGUAAACAAUUUUUGACAAUUAACUGUAUUAUUAUAAAUUGAAUAAAUGUCUCGUAAAAUGUUUAAAUUCGUUAAUAAUUGCAAGGAGAUUUGUAUAUAGUAUUAAAGUAUAUUGUCAUACUAAAUUUAAAUCUGUCUAGUACUGCAACAUCCUACAUAUGCCCUACCUUGAGUAUAUAGUUAAGAGUAUCUGAGUUUAUAUCUUUAUUUUUACUAAUAUUUUGAACAGAGUUUAAACCACUUGUUAUAUUUAAAAAGUUAGUUUUUUAUGUUUUCAUUUAUUAUGGAUAUUUUAUAUGUUUUUUAUGUAUUUCUUUGCAUAUUUUAUAUAUAAGGUAGCACUAUCUUAAAUUCAUAAGUGAUGAUAAAAUAAAUAUUACUAAAAAUAUAGUGGAGCUCACACCCUAUGUUUGAUAUUUAAGAAAUAUUUUCUGUGGAUUAUACCAAGACUCAAGUAUUGUGAUUUUAUAGCGAAAUGUUAAAAAAAAGUUGCGACUGUUGUUGGGAAACCACAGAUUUUGUCACAUAAGCACAAUUUUGCAAGAUUGUCAUACUAGCUGCGCAGAACAGAUUUUCAUUGAGAAAAAUUAGAAUACUAAAACUUUUUAAUAUUCAAAACACUAUGAUACCCAUUUAAAUUUAGUACACUCAAGAUAUUAAGCGUAUGUUUCACUAUUUUAAGGUAAUGUCAUCGAUUACAAAUUCAACUUUAAUUUGUACAUUCUUGCAAAAUGUUGCACAGAGUAUAAUAGUUUAGUUCACAUAACGGUUGCUUCUAACAUCUAAAACUAAAAUAGCUACAUAUAUAUAGAAUUGUGUAUGUAUAUAUAAGGUCAGAAUGACGAGGCGAGUUGAAAUCGCAUUGACUGUCCAUCCAUCUGUGCAAGCGAUAACUUGAGUAAACAUUGAGCUAACCAUCGAAUAUUAGAACAUCAGUGCAAUAUGGCAAAUUGUUUUUAUCAAAAUAUCGGUAAAUCGAGUAAUUAUUUACUUCAGCUUCCGUUAAUAUUAGAAUUUUCGAAUUUCUGGUAUGUUUAUACUCUCGCAACAUGUUGCACAGAGUAUUAUAGUUUUGUUCACAUAACGGUUGUUUGUGUCACCCAGAAAUAAAAGAGUUAGAUAUGGGGUUAUAUAUAUAUAAAUGAUCAGGAUGACGAGUGGAGUUGAAAUCCGGAUUUCUGUCCGUCUGCCCGUGCAAGCGAUAACUUGAGUAAAAAUUAAGAUAUCUUAAUGAAACUUGAAACACAUAUUCCUUGGGACCCUGAGGAGGUUGCUUUCGAAAAUGCGCAAAAUCGGUCCACUUCCGCGCCCACCAAAUGGCGAAAACCGAAAACCUAUACAGUGUCAUAACUAAGCCAUAAAUAAAGUUAUGAAAAUAAAAUUUGGCAUUAGAGAGGGGCACAUUGUAUGUAAUUAGGUUUUUGUAUAUAUCUUGCAAACCAAAAAAACUGUAUAAACCAACCUUUCUGCAGUCGUUUCUUUUAGUAAUUUCCUUAUAGAGUCCAAAAAUGAAAGAAAUCGGUUAAUAACUACGCCCACCACCUCCCAUACAUAGGUUAUGUUGAAAAUUACUAAAAGUGCGUUAACUCACUAACGGAAAUCGUCAGAAACACUAAAAUUUUACACAAAUACUGUAUUUGAGCUGUGACAUCACUUGUGGAAGAAUUGUCAAAAUCGGACCAUGACUUUUCAAGGCCCAAUCAAUAUAGGUAAAUAUCUAAGAUAUUUUAAUGCCAUUCAUUCCCUCGGAAGUUUUUUCUUUUCUUUUUGUCUUUUUGUUCUUUUUUUCAGUUUGUCUCUGUACCAAAAAUGGUUAAAAUCGGGUAAUAACUUCCCGUAGAUCCCAUAUACCUAAUUAUAGGUAAUAUGAAAUUAAGUGAGCGUAUAGUCUUCGAUAUAUUGUAUCUUGGUGGUGAAAACGAGUGAAAUCUGUUCAGGAAUUACCUCAGUCCCCAUAUACUAUUUAUGAUGAUUUUCGUUAUUCUAUUGAACUUUAUGCCGUAUAUAUGGGUUGAAUAGUGUUAUCUUUAUAAAAUUACAUCAAUAUAUUGUGAGAGUAUAAAAUGUUCGGUUGCACCCGAACUUAGCCUUUCCUUACUUGUUUUUAAUAUUUUUUUCAUUUAUAUGGACAUGGACAUAGUGUAGCUUGGUGACAAAAAUGAGGAAAAUCGGGCCAUGAAUUACCCAAGAACCUGUUUACUAUAUUAAUGAUGUUCGUUAUUUUAGUGGACUUUAUGCUGAAUAUACGGGUCAAAAUUUGUGUUAUCUUCAUAAAAUUACAUAAAUAAAUUGCGAAAGUAUAAAAUGUUCAGGUCCACUCGAACUUAUCCUUUACUUUCUUGUUUAAUUGGAAUUUUUAAAGCAGCAAAAGCAGUAUCGGCAAUCCUAAUAACAAAUUUAGAAUUCAGUUCCCAGUGAAAGUUUGGUUUAUACAGUUUUUUUGGUUUGCAAGAUAUAUACAAAAACCUAAUUACAUACAAAUGUGCCCCUCCCUAAUGCGAUACUAUGUUCCAAAUUUUAUUUUCAUAACUUUAUUUAUGGCUUAGUUAUGACACUGUAUAAGCUUUUUUUGUGAAUUAAAAAAAUAAAAAUAUUUUCCAAAAUUUGAUCGAAAACAAUACAAAUUUAAAUGGUCAUAGCCUUGCAUUUUCUUAAAUGCUACACAAAUUAGUGCACGGAUGCUUUUAAAUGUAUACAUUCGUAAGUGACUUUUUUAAAUAAAACAUUUUGUGUUUAUAAAUAAAAACUGCAUAUUCAAAUCAUAUCAGGACUAACUCAGUGCGAGUGAAACGAGUGGGUGGUAAUGUUAUGAAACAGUUUACCUAAAAAUAAAUGUGCUGCACAGAGAAAUAUUUCACUUUUGAGUCGUUUUAAAGAAAAUGAAAAGUGUAUUGCUAAUAAGCUAAGUAGAUUUAUUCAUAUAUGUACAUUUGUACAUACAUAUCUACAUAUAUAUGUAUGUGUGUCGUAGGAAUUACUGUUUUUUAUUGAGAGCAUUCAAUCUCUGCAGCGUGGCAAAGCUUUCAAUAAGAAACAUUUGUAGGACUGAGAGAAACGGUAACAGUUGUAAUUUUUUUAUUUAUUCAAUUUUGAUUACGUGCUGUUUUCAGAAAAAACCACUAACAACAAUGCAAAAAGUGUCAAAAUUGCAUAUCUACUUUUAUGAUAUAAGCAUACAAACAUACGAACAUGUUUAUAGCUGUUUCUACUUAAACAUUUGAGUUGAGUUUUAUGUAUGGAAGUAUGUAUGUACAUACAUUUUCAAUCAUACGUAUGAACAUUUCUGCAGAUAUGCAUAAGUACUUGAUUGUCAAGUCUCUCCUGUACUUCUUAAUUUCCCUUAAAAGAGAGACUGGGCUGUAACGUGCGAUCUCCUGCACUUGCCUAACGAGUCGCCCAGUGGUCAGAGUCAUGUUAUGGUAUCAACAAGUAAAUGUAUGUACAUAUGUGCAUGGUUAAACGCUUUUACAUAUACAAACGUACAUAUGUAUAUCUGCAAAGGUACAAAUAGUGAAAUGUACAUUUUCAUCUUCCUACCACUGAAACAAUCUGGAGUUGGCAUUGCUCUUUAAUUUCUCCGUGAAUUGCGCCGCCCACCCACACAUUUUCGGCAUUUUAUAUCAUAUUUACAUGUGGGCACACUUGGGGCUAUGUGUUUAGGUAUGUACAUACGACUUAUGCGAAAACAAAAAUCAUCUACAUACUUCAGUACAAUCUUGUUUAAAACACUUCAUAUUCUCACAUGUACGAGUCUUUUACUCGUUAUACCGUUUGUUUACUUGGGGAAUAAGCAUACAAAGAUAUGCACCUUCCUACAUACAUACAUACAUACAUACAAAUAUAUAUAUGUAUUUACAUUCGUGGAUAAAACUGUAUGAACGAGUAUAAUUGAGCAUCGGUAAGAUUGCGGUGCGGCUGCAGCGCGUUUUUCAUUGCUUUGGGGCGCAGUUUGUCCAAACGCAGAUCAUUGGCGCAACAUUAGUUUUGAGUUGGCUACCAACGCGAGCGGGUCAUUCUCUUUUCAAGCGAAACAUCUAAUAUUAAGCAUACCCCGAACGAAUUAAAGUACUUUAAGAACGCCCACCUUACACCCUUCUAAGUUUCAACCUUAAAUAAUUAAAUUUACAUGAUUUUGCUAAUUGGAACAAAUCAACAAUUUUAGAAACGAAAUACAAAUAUUAAACAAAAA